AUGAUGGACAACCACUCUAGUGCCACUGAAUUCCACCUUCUAGGCUUCCCUGGGUCCCAAGGACUACACCACAUUCUUUUUUAUAUAUUCUUUUUCUUCUAUUUAGUGACAUUAAUGGGAAACACGGUCAUCAUUGUGAUUGUCUGUGUGGAUAAACGUCUGCAGUCCCCCAUGUAUUUCUUCCUCAGCCACCUCUCUACCCUGGGGAUCCUGGUCACAACCAUAAUUGUCCCCAUGAUGUUUUGGGGAUUGCUGCUUCCUGGGAUGCAGACAGUAUCUUUCUCUACAUGUAUUGCUCAACUUUCUGUGGGGACCAUGGCGUUUGCAUUACUUGGAGUGACGGCUGUGGACCGUUAUGUGGCUGUGUGUAACCCUUUGAGGUACAACAUCAUUAUGAACAGCAGUACCUGUAUUUGGGUGGUAAUAGUGUCAUGGGUGUUUGGAUUUCUUUCUGAAAUCUGGCCCGUCUAUGCCACAUUUCAGUUUACCUUCCGCAAAUCAAAUUCAUUAGACCAUUUUUACUGUGACCGAGGGCAAUUGCUCAAACUGUCCUGCGAUAACACUCUUUUCACAGAGUUUAUCCUUUUCUUAAUGGCUGUUUUUAUUCUCAUUGGUUCUUUGAUCCCUAGGAUUGUCUCCUACACCUACGUUAUCUCCACCAUCCUCAAGAUCCUGUCAGCCUCUGGCUGGAGGAAAUCCUUUUCCACUUGUGCCUCCCACUUCACCUGUGUUGUGAUCGGCUAUGGCAGCUGCUUGUUUCUCUAUGUGAAACCCAAGCAAAUACAGGGAGUCGAGUACAAUAAGAUAGUUUCCCUGUUGGUUUCGGUGUUAACCCCCUUCCUGAAUCCUUUCAUCUUUACUCUCCGGAAUGAGAAAGUCAAAGAGGCCCUCCAAGAUGGGAUGAAACGCUGCUGUCAACUCCUCAAAGAUUAG